AUGGAAGAUGUUGCUAUUCAAAGCAACACCAAAGCACAGGAGAUCGACCCGGUGGUGGACUUUGUCGCUGGAACGGUCGCUGGCGCGGCUGGAUUGAUUGUUGGAUUUCCUUUCGACACUGUCAAAGUACGCUUCCAAAGCCCCCAAAUCGCUGGUAGAUAUCGCUCGACUGCCCAUGCUUUCGCCACUAUCAUCAAGGAGGAGAGGAUCUUUGGUUUAUACAAGGGCGUUACAUCGCCUCUGGCGACGUGCGCUUUGAUGAAUGGCUUGGUGUUCGCAUCUUAUCGCGUCUUCAUGAAGGCACAACUUGAUCACCCGAACGCGCAGCCGACGCUCGCACAGAUCGCCCUAGCAGGGGCAGGCAGCGGCAUCGUUUCAUCAAUAAUUACUACACCCACUGAGUUAAUUAAGAUCCGACAGCAGGCCUCAUUGACGCCGACGUCUGCUACUCGGGUUGCCUUGCAGAUAUUCAAGGAGUCCGGAACGCGUGGGCUCUAUCGAGGAAUCACAUCGACCGCCCUGAGAGAUUGCGGUUACGGUGCCUACUUCGCAGCGUACGAAGCUACCUGCCGCUAUUUUACUACGCCCGCCACGCUCCAGGCCUCGCCGGACCACUCCUCCAUUUUCGCCGAAGUCGAAUCCGACAUGAACAAACUUCCAUGGUAUGCUAUGCUUAUCGCCGGUGGCGUUGCCGGUGUUGCUGGUUGGCUAUUUACCUUCCCUAUGGAUGUCGUAAAGACAAGGAUGCAGGGGAGCCAGCAUCACCUCCCCUUCGAACCAAGCGCGAACACACACUUAAUACCAACCGCCUCGACCCAUUCGAACGGUUCAAAUCCCUACCGGACCACGAUCUCAACUAUUGUCAAUUCGUACCGCACCGAAGGUAUUGGCGUGUUUUUCCGGGGGCUAGCCCCCACACUAAUACGCGCGAUCCCAGUGAACAUGGCUACUUUUGCCGUGUUUGAGGUGAUCGUGCACGCUCUUUCCUAA